GAGACAUCCACUCAAAUUCUUUCUCAGGAUAUCAACCAAAAGGUUUGUGGCAAAGCCACAAGAGACAACAGGAAUGUUAGAGUUGAAACACCUGAAACGCCGGAUUGCUGUCCAGCGGGCGGAGAGGAGAAAACUCCGAAAGCAGAGCACUAUUGUGGUCCAGUAGAAGCGGCGAAAGGAGCUGCGUUUCAAACAAACUCGCGAGAAAUGGGGCGGACGCUUUGCCACAACUCCACUUGAUGCUUCUGGGGCGCCUGGAAGGGAGCAGGGGCCCCGGGGGGGGGGGGGUUGUUGGCAUUUGUUCCAGGCGCUCUCAAAGGGCGCUCUGGCCAGUCAGAGCCCUGAGAUGUCGCACCGGACGUUCCAACGACAAGCCAGCCAGCAGCCAGGUUACUACUGCCAGUGUUGCCCUGUGGAAAGCCCGCGACCGACCCGCCAGCAGGCACGCCCGCCCCUAACCCCCUGGCUCCUGGCUGGCUACAUCAUUUCCAUGCUCGCAUCGAAACUGACAGUCGACUGGUUGGGCCGCAUUUCUCUCCCCUCCCCCGCCCCCCACCAGGGCCACUGGGACUGUAUGAGACCAACUAACUAUCUAUGCUGUAGAAUCAAUCAAUUUGAUAAUGAGACUACCAAAUACUUUGGUCCCGGUCUCAUGCACGGAGCGGUUCAAGGAGCGCCCGAAAGACACCAAGUUCGGCUGUUUCCGAUCAAGGGUGGUUUUUAAGAGCAAAUCCUCUAGAAGUAGUGCCUCGCAGCUUGCCCUUUUUCUUUCUUCCUUGAUUUACUGCUUGGAAUCACGCCUCUGUAUCCCACGUUUAUUCUCCGCGAUCACGCCCAACGGACUCUUUCGAUUCAAUCCUCUCCCUUCGACCAGGGCCAAUUAUCAGGAGCCACAGGCUACGGCAUAUCCCGGCCGUUGUCCGCUGAUACCUGCCUGGUCCUCUGGGCCAGCCUUCACUUGACAACACCUAAUCACCAAUAUCUCGUGCCCAUAUAAUCUUUAUUACAGGAAUUCCUGAUAGCGUUACCCUUUUCGAGUCCUCUCAAUACAUUCCCCUGUUGCUUCGUUUUCGAUGGCGAUCACGGAAGGGUACAACUACCCCAAUGCUGGAAAUACCAGUUAUGUCGUGCAGUACACUCGAGGGUUGUUAGGGGUCAAUGUCAAACUCGAUAACCUUCUCACACAGAUAAUAUGCGGUACCCUUGGAGCAGCUUGUGUCGCCGUGCUGGCAACGAGAUUUGGCCAGAUGCUGAAUGCCUAUCUGCGUCGAAUUACUUCCGCCCAUGCAACCCCCAGGCAACAACGGUACUGGGCUACUGCGGAGUCGGCACUCUGGGCGGAUAUCAAGAAACAUCUGGUAUAUGCACCGCUGGGGAGGAAGCGACAUAAUCGAGAAUUUAAGCUCUCAGAUGCUGUAAACGUGGGAACCUUGCCGUCGCGCCUGCAUACGAUCCUACUCGGUUCAUAUUUCUUGAGCCAAGUAGCAUAUCUCACUAUCCUCGACUACAAUGUCAACGAAAAGGCUGCAUUGAUUGCAGAACUGAGGGGCAGAUCUGGUGUCCUUGCCGUACUUAACAUGAUUCCGCUGGUUAUACUCGCGGGUCGAAAUAACCCGCUCAUUCGAAUUCUACACGUCAGCUUCGACACGUACAAUCUCCUACACCGAUGGAUAGGGCGGAUAGUGGUCAUCCACAGCGUCAUACAUACUUGCGCCUGGAUGACGAACGCUGUUACCGCCAGUGGUUGGUCAAAAACCUUUCAUGACUUGGGAUCCACGAAAUUUUUCACAGCAGGCCUCAUCGGGACUAUAGGCAUGGUAUUAUUGCUGCUUCACUCGCCAUCCCCAAUCAGACACGCCUUCUACGAAACGUUCUUGCAUCUACACAUACUUUUGGUUUGCUUGGCAAUCGCGGGAGUUUAUAUACAUCUUAAUGUUGAUGGGCUACCGCAACUUCCGUGGUUGCAGUUCAUCAUAGCCUUCUGGGGAGCGGAGAGAUUGGUUCGCUUCCUACGGCUGGCUUAUCUGAAUGUUUCUCGCCGCCAUGGCCUCACUCGGGUCAUGGUCGAGGCCCUCCCCGGAGAGGCCAGUCGAGUAACUUUCUUCCUCCCCAGAAACACCCAUAUACACCCUGGCAGCCACGUCUACGCUUACCUCCCCAAAAUCUCCCUCUGGAUGUCACACCCUUUCUCUGUCGCCUGGACAGAAAAUGGCAAGUAUCUCAAGCCACCGUCAAGUUCAGACGGCUCAUCCCCACGCAACCUCCCAUCAUUCCAAAAACAGGAACCAGACCUCGACGACGCUACAAAUUACCGCACCCAACCUACAAACGUAACCCUAGUCAUGGCCGCACGCACAGGCAUGACCCGGAAACUCUACGAAAAAGCGCUCGCCUCUCCACAAAACAUUCUCUACACGACCGGUUUCAUCGAGGGGCCCUACCGCUCCCACCCCUCCACCUUCUUCGGCAGCUACGGCACCGUCGUCCUCUUCUCCGGCGGCGCCGGCAUAACCCACCAUCUCAUGCAGGUGCGCGAGCUGCUCGAGGCCGCGCAAGCCGGCACCGUCGCCACGCGCCGCAUCCAUCUCAUCUGGUCCGUGCGAACCACCGAGCAGCUCAUGUGGGUCAGCGGCUUCAUGGACUAUAUCCUCCAGCUGCCCAUGCGGCGAGAGAUGCUGGUGACGAAGCUAUUCAUCAGCAAGCCGCGCAGCCAUAAGGAUAUCAAGAGCCCCAGUGGGACGCUGCUGAUGUUUGAAGGGCGGUGUCGGCCGGAUGUCAUCAUUGAGGAAGCCAUGGAGAAUCAUGUGGGCGCGACGGCUGUGUCUGUGUGUGGACCGGGUGCGUUUGCUGAUGAGGUGCGCGCGUCUGUGCGGAAGCGAGUGGGCAGUGGGCCUGUGAUUGAUUUUGUGGAGGAGGCAUUUACGUGGUGAUUUCCUCUUGACGCUUUUUUUGAACAUUCAUAUGCAUAGCAGUGAUGCAGGAGUCUGCAGGAGUCUGAUCGGAUCGUAUCCUAAACCUUCGGCAUACAUAUCGGUACUCUCUUUGCAGAGCGUCCCUUGUUUUGAAUCCUAGGCCGUGUUUUCGUUUGCCUUUUUGCUCAUUGGAUUUCUAUGCUGCGGAAUCAUCAUCUACCGGGACUUUACUUGGGUACUCUCUCCCCUCAUUUCCUCCGUUCUGUUCCUUCCCCAGACACUACUGCUCCUGCCCAUUAGCCAUGCCCUUUCUUAUCAAAAGAUUUUCCAUGUAACGCAUGCAUCGCUAUUGCUCGACAUCGUUUGCAGAUACUCUAGUAUCACACACCCUCAAAUUCUCCCCCUUCUUUCCACAUGCCUACAGCCACUUUAAUGCACCCACUUCAUUUCUCAAUUUUUUAUUUCUUUUCGUACUUUUCCAUUUCUCUUUUUCUUCUUCAAUUUUCCAUCUCUUCCCAACUAUCUCAAAAGAUCCCCGUUUGGAUCCCAUCAAAUCUUUCCCUUUUGUAGCCAGUCAGGUGGCCUUUUUUCUAUUUUCUUUCAUUUUCUUUUUUCAUUUUUCAUAUUCAUAUUCAUUUUCAUUUUCAUUUUCAUUUUCAUUUUUUUUCAUUUUCUUUUGUUUUCUUUCAUUUUCUUUCAUUUUCUUUCAUUUUCUUUC